CGAGAAAUUUUUUUUUGAUAAAUUUAAACCUAGUCCAAUACCAAUUUUAUUUAUUCCUUUUAAUCAAAACGAUGAUAAAUGUAAUAAUUGUGGAAAUAAAUAUUCCGAGACACUUUUAUUUAAACAAAAAUAUUGUAGAGAAUGUUUAUUACGUUAUAUUACGGAUAUAACUGAUAAUUUUACAUACUUAGAUAUACACAUAAGUACUAUAAAUUCUAAAUGUAAUGAACAUGAAACGAUCAGAAAUGAAGAAUUUUAUACAAGAAGUAUUAAAAAAUGGUGCAAAAAUUGCUCAAUAAUUUCAUAUUUCAAACAAAUACCAACAAAUUCUUUGGCAUAUUAUGAUGAUGAUUUUAAUUUUGAAAGACAAAAUAUGAUAAUUGAAAGUGAAAAAGAUUGUAAAUUUUGUGGAAAAUUAAUUUACAAAACCUCUUUAUUAUACGAAAAACUUAAAAUAUGUUCAGAUUGUUAUCCAAUUUCUUAUGAAUUUAUAAUGUCUUCAACAACCGAGGAAACCAUUCCAAUCUUUUAUUUACCAUGGUGGGAUACAUUUUACGUAUGUGUAAGAUGUAAAGCAAAACUUUUAUCUGGGGGUGCGAAUCAAAAGUGGUGUUCAUAUUGCUUUAUAAUUUAUUGUGGAUGCAGAUAUUGUUUAACGACCAAUAUCAUUUUUGGGCUUACAUGUCAAACUCAUUGUAAAAAAUGUAAAAGAGUAACUCCAAUAUUUAUGGGCAAUACAAUUGUAAAUAUUGGAAGUAAUGAAAUAGACGAUUUUGUUUAUAAAAAAAGGAAUAUAGUUAAUGAUCUUAAAAACAUAUAUAUGAAGGAUAUAGACAAUUAUGAUGAUAAUCCAUUAAACGUUUAUGACUUUUUUAAAGAAAAAUUGUGUGUAAAGUCCGUUUCGGAAGCUAUAAUAGAAUGGAUACCGUAUUCUCGAAUUACAAAUUUAAAAGAAAUUGCCAAAGGCGAUUUUGGUAUAAUAUAUAAAGCAACUUGGUUAGAUGGCGGAAUAAGUGAUGGUACAGGAUACUCUAGAAAAAAAAAUGAAAUUGUUGCUAUAAAAAGAUUUAUAGAUAGUAUAAAUCAUAAAAGGAAUCUUUUAAAUGAGCUAAAAUCAUACUAUCAAUGUUACAAUGAAUACGGACAUAUUAAUCGGUAUUAUGGUAUUACAAAAGAUCUUGAAACUAACGAAUAUAUGUUAGUUAUGAAAUAUAUAAACAUGGAAAAUUUGCUUAUUAGUAUAACGCGGAAAGAAAAAUUAGAAAAUGUUUCAAAAGAAUCUGAAGCCGAUAAGAUUAAUGAAAAAUCUCACUCAAAAGUAACUUACUCAAUGAACUCAUCUAAUUUAAGAGAAGUCGAAGAUAAUUUCAUAUUUGAGUUUCCGAAAAAGAAGAAAAAGAGUCCUAAUGCGUUCAUCAUAUACCGCAGAGAAAUAGUAAAUGAAAUAAUAAAAGCCUCUCCAAAUACCACAAUUAAGGAAAUGUCUGGCAUCGCUGCAGAAGGCUGGAAAAAUUUAACUCCCAAUGAACGAAAUAAAUACUAUAAAUUGGCAGAGGAAGCGAAUAGACAUGAUGAGAGAAAGAUCAAAAAGACCAUAAAACAAAAAAAAGAACACCCUUAUAAGUUAGAAUUUGAUGCGUAUUUUUCAGAAGAGGGAGAUAAAAGCUCAUCUCCAAGUAAUAUAAUUAAUACAGUUGAAAUUCCUUCAGACACGAAUUUGAUCCAUAUUGACACCCACGAUAAUUUAAAAUUUAACAUCUUUUCCGAAGAUUCUGUCUCUUACUUCUUCGAUUAAAAAGGCAACCUACCCCGAAUCUUUUAACCAAGUGGUAGAUGUUUAAUUCCUGUAUAUUCUUUUUUCUAUUGAUACAUCAUUUUUCAUUUAUAA